GAAAACCCCUGAGAAGCGUCAGUCCUGMGCAGAGGAACCGAGCCGCUGCGAUGGAGACCCUCCUCUCCGCGUUUGUCUCCACAGUUUUCAUCUGUGUGGUCAGUGCCGGGGACCCCCAUGAAGAUAUACACUGGACAUAUAAAGAGGGAGCUUUGGAUCAGAUGCACUGGGCAACCAAAUAUCCAGAGUGUGGGGGAAGGAAGCAGUCCCCAAUUGACAUCCAGAGGCGCAACGUCAGGUACAACUCAGACAUGUUGCAGCUGGAGCUGAGCGGAUAUGAUCACCAAAAAGGGACUUUUCUCAUGUCUAACAAUGGGCACUCAGUUCAAAUCGACCUCCCUCCUACCAUGAUGAUCACCCAGGGCCUGCCGGGGAAGUACACAGCUGUCCAGAUGCACCUGCACUGGGGUGGCUGGGACCUGGAGGCCAGYGGAGCGGAGCACACCAUAGAUGGCAUCCGCUACAUGGCAGAGCUCCAUGUUGUCCAUUACAAUUCUGACAAGUACACAAGCUUUUCUGAAGCCAAAGAUAAGCCGGGCGGCCUGGCAGUGCUGGCUUUUUUCUACGAGGACGGCCAUUUUGAAAACACCUACUACAGCGAUUUCAUAUCMAACCUGGCCAAAAUUCAGUUUGCGGGUCAGACCAUGAACAUCUCGAACAUCGACGUGCGCUCCAUGCUCCCGGAGAACCUCAAUCAUUUCUUCAGAUACGAAGGGUCCCUCACCACUCCCCCCUGUUUCGAGAGCAUCAUCUGGACUGUGUUCGACACACCCAUCACUCUGUCUCAUAACCAGAUCAGGAAACUGGAGAGCACUCUGAUGGACAUCGACAACAAGACGCUGUCCAAUGACUACCGAAUCCCCCAGCCUCUCAACGAUCGAGUGGUUGAAUCUUCAUUCCUGCCUCGACUCGGGAAAGGAACGUUUUGUCGGCAGGAUGAGAUCGAAUCCAAGCUCCUGAAAAUUGAGGGCCUGAUAACGUCUCUUGGGAAGAACAUGUACUCAGGAGACGUUCCCGGCUCGAGACCUUCCAGAUACGAUCGUGGCGGCCUGUUCCCUCUGGUGCUCAGCUUCAACGAUAAAAACGCCAUCAGUUAUGCUCUGACUCACCUCACCCACCCCAUGGAUCUGGACUCCUUCACGGUCUGCGUUCACGUCCUUCUGAAGGUGGAGGGGAGCCACACGGUCCUCUCCUACUCCAGCCACGGGGUCGACAACGAGCUGAUGAUCAGCAUCAACGAGGACUCGGACGCGAGGGAGGUGGGCCUCUGGAUCGGCAACGAGUUUAUCAACCUGCCCCACAACUUCAUGUCCCAGGACUGGACCAACUACUGUGUCACCUGGUCGUCCCACACCGGCGGGGCGGAGCUCUGGGUUAAUGGCAAGGUUGGGGAGCAGAGGUACCUGAGAAGCAGCUACACCAUCAGCCCCGGAGGCGUGUUCAUCCUGGGCAAGGACCAGGACGGCUUGCUGGGGAUCUCCAACGACGACGCCUUCGUGGGCAAGCUGACGGACGUCAACGUGUGGGACUACGUGCUGAGUGCAGCAGACAUCCGAAACCAGAUGUCGUGUAAGAACACCAGUGCCGUGGUGGGGAACGUGUUGAGUUGGGGGUCCACCAAACUCAGUUUUUAUGGUGGGGUGCAGCUGGACAACGUGUACAGAUGUUCCUAAAAAAUGCAACGAAAUGAUCGCAGCCAAUGGUGUUGCCUUUGAAUGUUUAUGGUAACGAAAAAUAAAUCUCUCAAUAUUUAAAACAUACAUGUCACAGCUUUAUUCAUGUACUCAUAUCUGCUUCAUAAAUAAAGGCGUACAAGAGA